AUGAAGUUUUCUGUUUUAUUUUUAUUUUCAUUUUUAAUUUUAAAUUAUUAUGAAAUUCAUUCUAUUGAACUUGAACGGUUUAAAGGAGAUGAUGGAGUUAAUGGAGGGAGUGAUUGGAGUAAAAAGGGAAAGGAUCCAGAAAUUUUGGAUGAAGAAAAAGACGAGAUUUGGAAUAUUUUAAUGGAAUUGGAAUCGGACGGUUUGGAUGAAAUGUCCACAUAUUCUAUUGACUCAAAUAAUGCCUCAAUUAAUGAAAAUAAUUCAAAAAAUAAAUUAAAUAAUAAUUUAACAACGUUGGCAACCGAAAAAGAAUCGAAUUUUAAUGAGUCCAAGCUUUUAAACCCUUCCCCGUCUGAACCAAAAAAUUUGUUAUCCACACACUUAACAGAAGAAGAAUUAAGGUUGCCAGAUUCUCUACAACCUUUGAAAUAUGAAAUUAAAAUUAUUUUUGAUUCAGAAUUAAAUACAAUACAAGGACAGGUUUGGAAAGGAAGACAUGCUUUAAUUAGGGAACUUCAUAAUAUUAACGAAAUUUUCUUGAAGAGAAUGGUUAAUUGGGGGAAUUACAUACAUAUAAAAUUAACAAUAUCUACUAUAAAUUUGAAAUUUUUCUUGAAUAUCCUAAAAAAGUGUCAACUAACUAGUCUAAAAAUUUCAGAAUUUUUGAUUUUGUAUUUCAGAAGUUAUGGUCAAAAAUGCAUAAUUUUAAUGGGAAAUCUUUGA